AUGGAUACUCUAGUCAGCUCUGUAGCAUCGGUGGCGACCAGUAUAAGAGCUGCUUUACAGACUGUGGGACGAUUGUCCAGCGAUUAUAACGCCGUUCUAUAUAGGAUAUCUCAAUCUCCUGGCAUUCCCUCGUUUCCGACAACAGAAUAUCACUGGUUGAACACGGUUCCUGAAUCUGCUCGUUUACCACACGCUCCCCAGACACGCCUUCCGGAACGGGCUGAUAUUGUGAUUAUAGGAAGUGGUAUAACUGGCGCUCUUAUUGCACGGGCACUGCUUGAGCACCCAAACGCUUCGGAUCUCAAAAUCGUUAUUUUGGAGGCUCGUGAUGUGUGCUCUGGUGCUACAGGUCGUAAUGGCGGCCAUAUCAAGUGCGACCCACAUUUAUUUUACCACAAAUACAAUGUCCUCCACGGAAGGGAAUUUGCUGAGAAGGCUACACGAUUCAAUAUGGCCCAUAUCGAUGAAGUAAUUCGCAUCUCUGAAAAGGUUGGGGGUGAAGCCAGGACUGAGGCUCGUCGCGUUGAGACGGUAGAUGCCUAUUUUGAUUUGGCACUCUUUCGUCGAGCCUGUGAGAAGGUCAAAAUCUUCCAAAAGGAUAUGCCUUUGGAAAGCCAGGACAUCAAAAUAUUUAACGGAUCCGAAGCACAAAACACUUUCGGACUUUCGUCAUUGUGUGUUGGUGCAAUCACAGGUCAUGCGGGAGCAAUCAAUCCCUACAAGUUGGUGACAGGAUUACUCUCAUCACUGGAAGAAAAAUAUCCAGACCGAUUCUGUAUUGUUUCUCACUGUCCUGUCAAGGAUAUCAAAGAGCCUAGUUCUGAAGAUUCGCGCUACACUCUGGAAACCGAAAAGGGAGAAAUUACCGCUUUGCAUAUUAUCCAUGCAACUAAUGCACACGUUGGAUAUCUUGUCCCCGGGCUGCGCGGCAAGAUAUUCCCUCUACGUCAAACCAUGACCGCUCAAUCCCACCGAGCUUUUGCACAGCCACUCAACUCGCCUACUCAAUUCGGCGCAAGAUCCUUUUCGUUCUUGUACUCUGAAGGCUUUGAUUAUCUCACCCAACGUCCUGACGGAACGAUCAUGCUCGGUGGCGGGUUCGCUCAGAGCCCUCAACAAGGGAUGCUUGAAGUCGGUGUUGGGACUGACGACUCAUACGACCCGACUGGGGCUGCGCACAUUUGCGGCGCCCUAAGCGUGCUAUUUAAAGAUCCAAAUCAUCAAAUAGAAACAAGCGACGCGAAUGGCGAAAACAGAAUCAAGUCUAUCUGGUCUGGUUCAAUAGGCACUUCUGCCGAUGCUCUUCCUUGGGUUGGGAAAUUGCCUACUCGCCUGACCGGCCGAAACGUCCCAACAGCCAACAAAAAUUCACGGAUCGCCCCACCAGGAGAAUGGGUCUCUGCUGGAUAUAGUGGCGAGGGGAUGGUUAACGCUGCGUUGUGUGCCAAGGCAUUAGCAAUGAUGAUCCUCAAACCCAACGAGGACAAUGUUUCGUCAUGGUUCCCGGAGCAGAUGCGCGUUACGGAAAGGCGAUGCAAGAAGGCUGAUCCGACUACCUUAUUGCAAGAUUUGUGGGAUUAA